AUGGCUGAAUUUGUGCCGAUUACUCUGACGGAGAUUCGAGAAGGAAAAAGACCAGCCGGACGUCCGAUUCGUAUCCUUUGUGAGGGUACUUUUGAUCUCUUUCAUAUUGGUCACGUUGAAGUGUUGAGACAGGCAAAACAAGCAUUCCCCGAUGUUUUUUUAGUUGUUGGAGUGAACACAGAUGAAGACGUGAUAAAGUACAAGGGAGGACGAACAGUGAUGUCUUUUGAGGAGAGAAGGAGAGCUGUGCUUGAGUGCAAAUAUGUGGAUGAGGUUGUCGAAAAUCAACCAUUUUACUUCAAUAUUCAUUAUGUGAACAAAAUUCAGUGUGAUUUGGUUGCCCAUGAUGACAUUCCAUACAACACCGGCGGUACAUUCAGUGGAGCCGAAAAUGGGGAUUUCUAUUUGAGGUUUAAGCGUCUCGAUCGCUUUUUAACGACACAAAGAACGGAGGGAAUCUCGACGACAAAUCUCAUUCAGAGAAUUCUCAAUUCGCACAAGGAGUACGUCGAGCGAAACGAGAAGCGCGGAGCCAUCCCACCGAGCAGCACAAAUGAAAUCCAAAUGAUUGUA